AUGCCUUCUUAUGCUAAAUUUUUAAAGGAUAUGCUUUCUAACAAGAAAAAUCUAGAAGAGAAUGCUACAGUUGCUUUGACUGCAGAGUGUAGUGCUAUAUUGCAGAAUACUCUCCCUAAAAAAUUAGGCGAUCCGAGUAGCUAUUCAAUUUCAGUGAAGCUUGGGGAUAUCGAAAUUAACAGGGCAUUAUGUGAUCUUGGUGCAAGUGUGAGCCUUAUGCCACUCUCUAUAUGUAAGAAGCUGCAAAUGGGUGAACUUAAACCCACACGCAUAUCUCUACAACUUGCAGAUAGGUCAGUCAAAUUUCCUUUGGGUGUACUUGAGGAUGUGCCUCUUCGUGUAGGUAAAUUCUUUAUUCCCUGUGAUUUUGUUGUGAUGGAAAUGGAGGAAGAUGCAUAUGUUCCUAUUAUUCUUUGUAGGCCUUUCUUAUCUAAUGCAGGUACAAUUAUUGAUAUGAAGAAUGGUAAGAUCACCUUUGAGGUUGGUUAUGAGAAAAUGGAAUACUCACUUUUGAAUGCUAUGGGUACUCCAUCUAUGGGAGAGACUAUUUGUCAGGUAGAUGUGCUUGAUGAUUUGCAGAAUGAGCAACUUCCUUUGAGAAAAAUAGAUGAUGCACUUGAAACAGUACUAGUAGGGAAGGAUGAUGAUGGAGAUUGGGAAUCAAAGGAGUAUAUAUCAGGCUACUUGAAGAAGCAAAGGCCAACCCAGUCACUACUCCAAUCAGGGAAGUACUUAGUGCAGUGA